AUGGAAGGCAUCGCCGCUGGCUCCCUCGCCCCGAUCUACGGCAGCUCCAAGAAAACGCACCAGCGGCGCCGGGCCAAGCGAGAGAAGAAAGGUGGCAAGUCCGGCAACCCUGGUCUCUUCCACGGCUCUUGCGCCAUCCUUUUGCAAAGCCAUCUACCCACCUUCGUCUUGCUCAAAAACGCCAAUCGAAAGGCUCAAAACGACUUCUGGAACCAAAUAUUUGCGGAUUACUGGAGGAACUGGCCGUGGCACCUUCCCUUGGACCAGGAACCUGAGGACUGCGACUGGUCUGUGCCAAACACCGAGCUGCCUGAUGUGCUCGCCGCCAAGGGGCAGGUCAUAAAGCAGACACAGAAGGUACGAAUUCGCUGUCACAUGCGCUACCGACGUAUGGUCUUCCUGCGUGACAAUCAGAAUCCGUGGGCCCCUCUCCUUGCCACACUGCGCGAGAGAGCCAACCCUCUGCCCCCCUCCCGUGGACGCUCUCUCUGGCAGCUAUACAUGUCAAAGAAGCCCGACGAGAUUGCGGCUGUUUUCGACGAGCGUUGGCCCGAUGCCGGUCUCAACGCUUCGGACGCGCUCGCUCUGAGGUCGAAGAUCGCCCGCGAGCUCCUGAAUAAGGAGACGGAGGAGUAUUGCGCCGAGCUCAAGGCCGAGCUUGCAGCAGAGCAUGCGGCGGAGGACGAGGAGGAGGAAGAACAUGCGCCUGUGUCCCAGGACGACCGCGAAGUUGCCCAGGACAUGAUUGUGGGAGUUGUGCAGCCUCUUCUCGAGCUCCUUCGCGAGUACACCGGCUUCUAUCUGACCCUCAUCGCGGGUGUACCACUCCUCUCCGGCGAGCAAGAGUUCAAAAUUAAGAUCAUGGAGGCAGGCAAGAUGCAAGGCCCCAAGUCAGUGCCUUGGCAUGCACACGAGCCGGAGAAGUUCAAGACCGACGUGAUGAUGUCGUACACGAGGUAUCUGAUGGCAAGCUCUGAAUGGCAGACGCGCCUGCACAACCUCGUCAACCCCUCUGAAAGCAGCACCGACGGUCAGCUCUCAACCCCGCCCAAUGCGCCGGUUGAACUGUCAUCGGACGAUCUCUCCGCUCCCGCACCAUCGACUUCUGCCGCCUCCGCCGCCCAACCCUCGACGUUCUCUUCGGGGACCAUCAAAGUGACGUCGACCUCUGGGAAGAAGUCUACGGCGACUACGCGUAACACCACGGUCGGGAAAGCGAAGCAGGUGGCGACAAAGCAAAGGCAGCCGGUCUCCCACCAAGGUCGGCGCAGCGGGAAGGGCAAGUCACACCAGUCCCUGGUAGCCGAGGAGAGUGACGAUGAGGACACUGACGAGGAGGACGAGGACGAGGGCGAGUGGAAUGAAGAGGACGAGGGGGAUGAGGACAAGGACAAGGAAGCGGACGAGGACGAGGACGAGGGGCAGGAUGGUGAGGUCGAGCAGGAGAUGCCUGCGGUGCUCGCUGGCGCCAAGGUCCCCACCGCCGAAGAGGUCGGGCUCAGUCCUGUGGUGUGCGAAGAGCUCGCCCGGCAUUCAGAGGAGGUUCAGUGUGCCCAUCUUUGGCGACUCAGCCGGUACAGCGAGUACGAUAUUGACUGCAUUAACUCGCGUGCGAGUGCCACCUCCCUGCUCAACAACUUGAGGACCACGCCGGAGCCCAUCUCCCUGUAUCUCUGCGCCCUCCCUCAGCCGAAAUCAUCAAAGAAGACCCGGACGUCGCGCAAGACCGUACCCACUGGUCCCUCCCGCAAGUCCGGUCGCCUCACCGCACACAGCUCGAAAUCGCUCGCCUCGGGCAGUGCAACACCGAUCACAUCCUCUGGUACCCCAGCUGGUUGCAACUCUUUGGUUACAACCACGGGGACCUCACGGUCGACGACGGGGACUACUACCGUCACGACGACGACUCCGAGCGCGAUGGGCCCAGAAGGCACUGCAGCAACGGAGACUACGGAAAGCACGGUGCUGUCCACGAGUGCCGCAGCGUCGUCCUCUGCGAUAGAUACGAGCGUGGCGACCACUACGGGGAAAACCGCCGCCGCCACCGCGUCGUCCUCGAACUUGCCGAGUCCAAACGCGCCAACCACAACCACGAUGACUACGCCCGCAGCGCCACCAACUGCCACGGAUGCCUCCCACUCCACCGACAGCGCAACCCGUACGCUCGCAGCACCCGGUACUAUGUCGGGGGCCAUUCUCGAAACGUCCCCGGAAUCCCCUCCCAUUGUGCACGACAUCAUCAUGUUGGAUGAAGAGGGCUGGCCAGAGUGGCUCAGAACUGGGUUCAACCACAUGGAGAGUCUCCGCAUGGGGCCCGAUUUCAUGCGGGUGUUGGAGUGGUGGACCGUCGUCAAACGUGCGUACGGGUUCGAGACGUCGGCAAAGGGUUUUGGCACUGAGCACCGCCCCGAGGCCUUCCAUGUCUGGAUGCGCGUGCUCCGUUGCGAUCUCAAGAAGCCGCCCGAGAUCGCAGACGAGGCAGAGUUCUGUAGACCAGUCCCCGGGGGGAACGGCGACUGGGACGUGCUCAAGAACCCCGGCAAGAACGGGCUCAUGAUGAGUGCGGUCGAGGAUGCGCCUUCCCAGAAGCGACCUUUCGAGGGGGACACAGAGCCUGCGGGGGUACCGUCAUGCCGAUCGAAGCGUGCACGUGUUUGA